AUGUCAAGACUAGAAAGAUUGGUAGUACUAUUGGAAACAGGUUCAACCCCCUUCAUAAGAAACACAGCUGCAGAUCAAUUAUCUGAUCUUGCCAAGGGUCAUCCUGAAGAAAUCAUAAGUUUGGUAGGAAGAGUAUACCCGUUUUUAAAAUCAUCCAAAUGGGAAACUAGAAUUUCAGCUGCUAGAGCUUUUGGUGGUAUCAUUAAUCAUGCUGAAUUAUGGGAUCCAAAUUCUGAACAAUCUAUAAAGAGAGAAUUGGAUGAAGAAAUCUUUAUUAAGAAAGAAAAAGAACAAGAUAAAUUGAUUGAAGAAAUUAAAAUUAAAUUAGAACAAGAUGAAGAAUUAAAAAAAAUAGAUGAUAAUUUAUCAAGUUUAACUACAUUUGAUUCAUUCGAUUUAGCAGAAAUCUUAAAUAGUGGGAAGAAAUUCUUAGCUUCAAAUUCAGAAGAUUUACCUAAUACAAUAAAUACUUCCAUUGAUGAUUCUGAAAUAGAUCAAUCUUUUAGUACAAAUUCAAUCUUACAUAAAAUUAAAAAGAGAAAAACUAUAAAACCAGAAUUAGAAGAUACUGAUAUGGUAAAAUCUGAGUCUGGUGCCAAUUCAUUAUCUCCUCAUCCUUCUUCGUCAACAUCUAAUACCCCACCUCCACCUUCAGCAUCAACCACAACUCCACAACCAGAAGAAAAGAAACCAAUGUCAAGUGCAAGAUUAAAAGCCAUGCAAAAGAGAAAAGCAAAAGUUCAAGCUAAAUCAGGAGCAGGGAGAAUUCAUACUGUGGAUAUUUCUCAAAGUUCCCUUUCAAGACAAUUAGUUGAAGAUGGGGAAGGUAUCAAUAAUGAUGAUAUGGAUGAUUCCAAUAAUCCUCAAUUCGAUAUCACAUCUCAACAAGGAGGUGAGAAAUUAGUGGUGGAAGCAAGAGCACCUGAAUUAUCUCCCUUAUUAUCCCAACAUAAUAAAGUUGCCGGAAUGAUAUGGCAAUUCCAGGGAGUAUUUGAAUUAUUAUUGGAUGAUCUUUUCGAUGAUAAAUGGGAAAUCAGACAUGGUGCUGCAUUAGGAUUAAGAGAAUUAAUGAAAAAUCAAGCGGGUGGAGCCGGUAGAAUCAUGAAAAAAUCCAAAUCGGAAAAUGAUGCAAAUAAUAGUCGAACUUUAGAAGAUUUGGCGGUAAGAUUAUGUACUCUUUUCGCCUUGGAUAGAUUUGGUGAUUAUGUAUCGGAUACUGUUGUUGCACCAGUAAGAGAAUCAGCAUGUCAAGCUUUAGGGGUAUUACUAAAUCAUUUAACUGAAUCAUUAGUUAUCAAAACUUUCAAUUGUUUAAGUACAUUGGUAUUACAAGAAAGUUCAGGAGUUAAACUUAAAUGUUGGGAAGCUAAACAUGGUGGAAUCUUGGGGUUAAGAUAUCUUGUUUCGGUGAGAAAAGAUGUAUUAAUAAAUUCUCCUCAAUUAUUAGAUGAUGUGGUUGAUAUUGUAUUACAUGGAUUACGAGAAAAUGAUGAUGAUGUUCAAUCAGUUGCAGCAUUAACUUUAACUCCAAUUGCAUCUGAAUUCGUAUCUCAUAAACAAAAUUUAAUUCAUACGUUAUUAAGUGUGCUUUGGGAUAGUUUAAUUAAUCUUCGUGAUGAUCUUUCAGCUUCCAUUGGUUCUAUCAUGGAUUUAUUAUCCAAAUUAUGUGAUCAUCAACAAGUUAUCGAUAUAAUGCAAGAAGAUUCCAUGACUGAAUCCUUUGAAAAAUUAGUUCCUCGAUUAUACCCAUUCUUAAGACAUUCCAUUAGUAAUGUGAGAAAAUCCGUUCUUAAUACCAUAUCUAAAUUCCUUGAUAUUAAAGAUCCAUCCACGAAAACCUGGAUAAAUUCUCAAGCUUUAAGAUUAAUAUUCCAAAAUUUAUUAGUUGAACAAAAUCAAGAAAUUUUACAAUUAUCACUUGUAUUAUAUGAUAAAUUAUUACAUCAACUUGACAUUAAUAAAAGUUCAUUAUCAUCCAUUGAAUCGAUUUUCGAUUAUCAAUCCUUAAUAACGUUAUUAAUGACUCCAAUAGGGUAUUCCAGACAUAAUUAUAAAAUGAAUACCACAUUAAUCAUAAGACCUUCCGGCCAUUCAGUGGGACCGUUACAAGAUGAUACUAAUGGAACUAAAUCAAGUAAAAAGAGAAAACAAGCCGAUUUGCUCCCUCCUAAAAGUGAUAUACCAAUUGAUGAAUUGAAAGUUAAUAUCGAUGCGCCAAUUUAUAAUGGUGAUGUUAUGUUAGUAGGAUAUGAUAAAUUCAUUGCUAUUAAAUGUGCUGCUGCUCAUGCGUUCGGGAAUACGUUGUCAUAUAUUCAAGAUGAAGCUAUUUUAGCUACGAUUUUCAAACAAUUGACUACCUAUUUAAAUUCAAGUCAUUCUACAUCAAGAUUAGUUGCAUCGUUAAUCCUUGAAGAAUUCGCUAAUGAGUUGAAAUCAAGAGAUUUGAAACCUACUAGUAUUAUUGGAGUUGAUGGAUUUAAUGAACCAAUCCUGAAUAUCCUUCAAAAUCCAGAUCAAUUACCUCAUUUCAGAGAAUUAGUACCUACUUUGAAAUCAGUUAGAACUUCAUGUUUACAAUUACUCGACAUAUUCAUCACUAUGGCUAAAGUACCACCUAGUAAAAUCCCUCUUUUACCCGUUAUAGUUCAAGGUGAAAGUGAAGCUGGACCAGUAGCAUUUGGAGUUGAAGUUGCUGAAAAAUUAAUCAAUGAAACUUUUGAAAAAUUGAAGAAAGGAUUAUCAGCCACUUAUAAAAUGACAGCCAAUCAAGCUCUUGAAGAUGCUAAACAUAGAAUUAUAAUCGCUAUUGAUGAAGCUAAAAUCGCUAGAAGUAAUAGAGUAGUAAGUAUUCUUGCCUCAUAUUCAGCUUGUUCUAUUGCAUUAUUUGGUAUCCCUAAGAAAUUGAAUCCGGUGAUUAGAUCAUUGAUGGAUAGUGUUAAAGAAGAAGAAAUUUAUUUAUUACAAAAGAGAUCAGCCAAAGCAGUAUCGAAAUUAAUUGAAGAAUUAAAUAACUCAGGUAAAAAGGGGGCGUCCGAAAAGAUUGUUAAAAAUCUUUGUGCCUUUGUUUGUGUUGAUACUUCUGAAGUUCCAGAAUUCCAUCAUAACGUUUCAUUCAAAGAAAAUAUCUUAUCAUUACGUAAAGAAGAAGCCAAGACUGAUCCAGCCGAUAUCGCUGCGCAUGAACGUUCAGUUCAUAUUGCCAGAGUUAAACGUCAAGGAGCAUUAUUAGCUUUGGAAUUUUUAUUAAAUACUUAUGGUGAUCAAUUAUUUGAAAAAGUUCCUAAAAUUAAAGAAAUCAUGCUUGAACCAUUAAAAUUAUUAGAAACGACAUCCUCGGAUGAAACUAUCAUAUCUGACGAAUUAAAGGGUCAAAGUAUUAUUGAUGCUUUAGGUAUAGUUCGUGCCUUAUUACCAAGAAUGAAUAAAGCCUUACAUGAUGAAAUUAUCGAUACUUUACCAUUACUAUUACCAGGAUUAAAAUCAGAUUAUUCUGUAUUCAGAUAUUCUUCAGCCAAAUGUUUCGCUACUAUUUGUUCAGUAACUCCAACCAAAGCAUUUACAUUCUUAGUUAAAUCAAUCUUACCAAUGUUAAAUAAUGCUUUGGAAAUUAAAGAAAGACAAGGUGCUAUUGAAACUAUUUAUCAUGUUGCGUCUACUAUGGCCCUGGAUAUUUUACCUUAUAUUGUAUUCUUAAUUGUUCCGGUGUUAGGUAGAAUGAGUGAUUCUGAUCAAGAUGUUCGUAUUUUGGCCACUACCACAUUUGCUUCUAUUAUUAAAUUAGUACCAUUAGAAGCCGGUAUUCCAGAUCCAGAAGAUAUGCCAAAGGAAUUAUUACAAGGUAGAGAUAGAGAAAGAGAUUUCAUUCAACAAAUGAUGGAUCCUAGUAAAAUUAAAUCAUUUGAUCUACCAGUUACAAUCAGAGCCACGUUACGUAAAUAUCAACAAGAAGGGGUUAAUUGGUUAGCAUUUUUAAAUAAAUAUCAUUUACAUGGUAUAUUAUGUGAUGAUAUGGGAUUAGGUAAAACUUUACAGACUAUUUGUAUUGUAUCAUCGGAUCAUUAUUUAAGAGCUGAAAAUUAUAAAGAAGCUCAAGCUGUUGAAUUCAGAAGAUUACCAAGUUUAGUAGUUUGUCCACCAUCUUUAACGGGUCAUUGGGAACAAGAACUUAAUCAAUAUGCUCCAUUCUUGAAAGUCUUGGUUUAUGCUGGAGGUCCAAGUGUUAGAGUUCCACUUCGUAGUCAAAUUCCUGAAGUUGACAUUGUGGUUACUUCUUAUGAUGUCUGUCGUAAUGAUGUUGAGUUUGUGUCUGGAUAUGAUUAUAAUUAUUGUGUUUUAGAUGAAGGUCAUAUUAUAAAGAAUGCUGCUUCAAAACUUACAAAAUCAGUUAAAAGAAUUAGAGCUGAACAUCGAUUAAUAUUAUCGGGUACUCCAAUUCAAAAUAAUGUGUUGGAAUUAUGGUCAUUAUUUGAUUUCUUAAUGCCUGGUUUCUUAGGUACUGAGAAGAUUUUCCAUGAAAAAUUUGCUAAACCAAUUGCAGCUAGUAGAAAUAGUAAGACAUCAUCAAAGGAACAAGAAGCGGGGGCAUUAGCUUUGGAAGCAUUACAUAAACAAGUGUUACCAUUCAUGUUACGUCGUUUGAAAGAAGAUGUGUUAUCUGAUUUACCACCUAAGAUUAUUCAAGAUUAUUAUUGUGAAUUAAGUGAACUUCAAAGAAAACUUUAUAAGGAUUUUGCCAAGAGUCAGAAAUCAUCAGUUGAAGAAGAUAUUUCAAAAGAUGGUAAUGAAAAGGAAGCUAAAACUCAUGUUUUCCAAGCUUUACAAUAUAUGAGAAAAUUAUGUAAUCAUCCUGCUUUAGUGGUUUCGCCUAAUCAUCCAAAGAUUGCUGAAGUUAUGCAAUAUUUACAAACUCAAAAAUCUGAUAUUAGAGAUAUUGAACAUUCACCUAAAUUAUUAUCAUUGAAGACUUUAUUAUUAGAAUGUGGUAUUGGUGUUCAAGAUAGUAGUGAUUAUUCAUCUGGUGUAAAAUAUAGAUCUAAAAAACAACAGCAACAACAAUUAAUCUCAUCAGAAGGAGUUAUUUCGGCUCAUCGUGCAUUAAUCUUUUGUCAAUUAAAGGAUAUGUUGGAUAUUGUUGAGAAUGAUUUGUUAAAGAAAUAUUUACCAUCCGUAACUUAUAUGAGGUUAGACGGUAGUACAGAUCCAAGAGAUAGACAAUCUAUUGUUCGUAAGUUCAAUGAAGAUCCAUCGAUUGAUGUAUUAUUAUUAACUACCAAAGUUGGUGGAUUGGGUCUUAAUUUAACUGGGGCUGAUACUGUUAUAUUUGUUGAACAUGAUUGGAAUCCAAUGACUGAUUUACAAGCUAUGGAUAGAGCCCAUAGAUUAGGUCAAAAGAAAGUUGUUAAUGUUUAUCGAUUAAUUACUAAAGAUACCUUGGAAGAAAAAAUCAUGGGAUUACAGAAAUUUAAAAUGAAUAUUGCCAAUACAAUUGUUAAUCAACAAAAUGCUGGUUUAGCUUCGAUGGAUACCAAUCAAUUAUUAGAUUUAUUUGAAGUUGAUGAAACCACGGCAAGAAUCGUAGAAGAAAAAGAAGUUGUUGAAGAAAGAAAAGAAGGUACUGGAGUACCUGAAGAUGUCGGAGCUGGUGGUCUUACGGGUAAAGCUGCUGGAGCAGUUGGAGAUUUGGCAGAAUUAUGGGAUGCCUCUCAAUAUGAAGAUGAAUAUAAUCUUGAUAAUUUCAUUAAGAAUCUUAAAUGA